AUGGCAUCUGAGAAGCUUAAACCGAUCAGGGUCUGGACCUCCAAGAACGGCCCGAACCCAUGGAAAGUCCAUUUUGUCCUCGAGGAGCUUGGGAUCCCCUACGAAGAAAAGUACAUCGACUUCCCCGACAUGAAGAAGCCGCCCUUUGAAGCGAUCAACAUCAACGGGCGCGUACCCGCCAUCGAGGACGGCAACACGGGUAUCAUGCUGUGGGAGUCCGGCGCCAUCCUCGAGUACCUCGUCGAGACGUAUGACAAGGAGAAGAGGUCAAUCAGCUUCGAGCCGGGCACGGCCGACUACUUCCACGCCAAGCAGUGGCUGCACUUUCAAAUGUCCGGUCAGGGCCCGUACUUUGGCCAGGCCAUCUGGUUCCACCGGUACCACUCCGAAGACGUGCAGAGUGCCAAGGAUCGGUACGUCAAGGAAAUUCGGAGGGUUUCCUGGGUCCUUGACCGGGCACUCGAGGGACGCGAGUUCCUGGUGGGCGACAAGUGCUCCUAUGCGGAUAUUGCUUUUAUCCCCUGGUUCAAUGUCGCGUUCUACCCGUGGUAUAACAUGAAGGUUCCUGGUGCAUUUGCGGAUCAGAUCGAUUUUGCAAAGGAGUUCCCGAACACGGCCGCGUGGAUGGACAGGCUCAGAGCUAGGCCUGUCAUUGCGGAGACCUUGAAGAAGAGAGCUGCAACUCUGUAG